UGCGGUGUUAUUACAAAAGAAAAGUUCCAAAAAAGCAACCCACCGCCGUAGCUGGAUUGCCUGGAGGAAAAGUGCUCGGCUUCAUUCCCGUUCGGUGGCAUUAAUUUCUGACAACGAACUGUGAAAUCGUUUUUAGCGGGCAGCAACCAUACUGAUAACGCAAUCCUGCGCUACCAUGUUUACAGUAAACACACAUCAGCACCAACUACUAUUUCACCUGUCGCAAAUUACGCCCCGACAUUCGAAUAUAGCCUUCAAGAAGCAGCACAGACAUCACCAACACCAGCACCACCAGGGCAGGGAGGCGACGUCGCAGUUAGCCCAGCAGGACUUUGUGCCCCGUUUGAAGCAAUCGCUCGUGCAGUUGUACACCGAUACGUUCCGAAGCACACUAGAACCAUCUCAGGCGGACAGCGCAACAGCGAUCCCAACAGAGGAAUUGUACCGCCUGAAGUUGCCCCGCCGUCUAGAGCGUAACCUACUGAAACACUUUAGCCAGGUGGAACUGCUGGGCAGUAUACGGGAAAGUACGCCAUGGAGUCUGAACGUGACACCGCGGGUGAAAAAGGGAAAACAUGCCGGUCCCGCCGAGAGUGUGUCUUUCAGCGGUGAAGCUGUGCAGAAGCUCGUCCACGGAUUGCUAGCUCAACACUCGACCUGGAACUUUGUCCAGCAACGAGGCUUCAAAACGGUGCGGUCAAUAAGCGCCGAGAUGAAGCGGAAUCCGGCUCUGUACACGAGAAUGAAGGAUGCACUGGGCAACCCACCACCGCCAAUUUCGCACAAGUACGACCCGGUGGCUUAUUCGGCUCAAACCAUUGGCACUCCGGCACAAGGGGAACCACUCAAUAAGCUGCUGACCGACGAUCCAUCGCUCUCGGACGAACAGCGGCAACGGUUGAAGAUAGCUUUUGCCGAAGGUUACCUCACCGCGUCCCAUCCGGACCAACAAAACCGCUCGAGCAAGGCGAUGAAAUAUCUGAAGUUCUUCCAGCAACUGCUCAUCAUCGUCGUUUUCAUUGGCAUCUUCAUCAGCAUGUUCGCUUCGCCGAAUGGAUCCGUGUUUAGCAGAAUACAGAUCGGCAACCAGGUGGAGGUCGAUCCGGAAGACAUCACGGUCACGUUCGAAGACGUGAAAGGCUGCGACGAGGCGAAGCAGGAACUGAAGGAGGUUGUCGAGUUCCUAAAGAACCCGGGCAAGUUCAGUAAUCUCGGCGGAAAGCUGCCAAAGGGAGUGCUUUUGGUUGGGCCGCCUGGUACGGGAAAGACGCUGCUCGCACGUGCCGUCGCCGGAGAGGCUGGUGUGCCAUUUUUCCACGCAGCGGGACCAGAGUUUGACGAAGUACUCGUUGGCCAAGGAGCUCGACGCGUACGCGAUCUUUUCAAGGCCGCCAAGGAACGCGCACCGUGUGUAAUUUUCAUCGAUGAAAUCGAUUCGGUUGGAGCGAAGCGCACCAAUUCGGUGUUGCAUCCGUACGCGAAUCAGACAAUUAACCAACUACUCUCUGAGAUGGAUGGAUUCCAGCAGAACGAGGGUGUGAUUGUGCUGGGUGCCACCAACAGACGCGACGAUCUCGACCAAGCACUGUUACGUCCCGGCCGGUUUGAUGUGGAAGUGGUUGUACCGACGCCGGAUUUCACGGGAAGGAAGGAAAUUCUCACGUACUAUUUGGGCAAAAUUCUCAGCAAGGAGAUCAACAUCGAUCAGCUCGCACGAGGGACGACCGGAUUCACCGGGGCAGACAUCGAGAACAUGGUUAAUCAGGCUGCUUUGCGUGCGGCUAUCGAUGGCGCCGAAACGGUAACGAUGAAACAUCUAGAAAACGCGCGCGACAAGGUACUUAUGGGACCGGAGCGAAAGUCCCGCCUGCCCGACGAGGAAGCUAACAAAAUCACUGCUUACCACGAGGGUGGUCAUGCCAUAGUUGCUUACUACACAAAGGAGUCCCAUCCGCUUCACAAGGUAACAAUCAUGCCGCGAGGCCCAUCGCUGGGUCAUACGGCGUACAUACCGGAAAAGGAACGCUACCACGUUACAAAGCAACAGCUGCUCGCCAUGAUGGACACGAUGAUGGGUGGUCGAGCGGCGGAAGAGUUGAUUUUUGGCGCAGACAAAAUUACUUCUGGCGCGAGCAGUGAUUUGAAACAAGCCACCUCGAUAGCGGCCCACAUGGUCAAGGAAUGGGGCAUGUCGGAGCGAGUAGGCCUGCGGACGAUCGAAGGUCCAAAGGGAUUCGGACAGAACGAGGUGCUGUCACCAUCGACAAUCGAAAGCGUUGACAACGAGAUCAAGAAGCUGUUGAACGAAAGCUACGAACGGGCCAAAGCGAUCCUCAAGCAACACUCCAAGGAGCAUAAAGCGCUGGCCGAGGCACUGCUCAAGUACGAAACGCUGGACGCCGAGGACAUCAAGGCGAUCAUGGGCGGGGAAAAGAUAACAACCGACGAUAAUUGAGCGCUCGGAUCAACCACGGGCAUCGAGCGUUGGAAUACAAGGUACAGUGAACCUAUCCUGCAGUCUUCAACCGGGAGAGAUCGCUGCUUUGAGGUCGUUAUCCUGCGAUUACACGCUACAUGGAGAAACAGCAUGCAUCAUCGAGUGAACCUUUGAAUUAUGGGGCAGUAUAUUUAAAAGCACUUAUAAAGGCUAAAGACACACAAGCAGCGAUUUGAAGCGGAUAGGUAGUCCUUACAAAACUGACUACUUCCCGGUAGUUUUACGGUAAUGUAGUUAAGACCAUACACAAAAAAAACUUUCCCCCAAGUGAUUGCACCUCCCCUUUGCUACUCGAACGUGACUGCCCACUGGAAGGGGGUUUUGUUAAACAAAACGAAACAGAUCUAAAAUGUAAUCCAACACAAAUGUUAUCGAUGCAACUGUAAAACUGGAGAUGCUGAUUCAAAAUAUAUACACGCGUGUAUAUAUUUAUACAUAUUAUUUCUUAGGCUGCACGCGAAUCCACACUAAUCCCGCAUAGUCCCUCGAUUGCUGGAGCUGCAGACGGAAUUAUUAGGGCAGAAAAAUAAUGAGCGCUGGAAACAUGCGCUUUGAUAUCGCUUUAGGUAUGAAUUAAAAAUAAAGUACACUG